AUGAUGUUCACCCAGUCUCUGCUCGCCGUCGCCCUCGGUGCGUCCAUGGCUAACGCACAUAUGAUCAUGGCCAUGCCGAUCCCUUAUAGCAAGGAUUCGUUGAAUAACUCUCCUCUGGCAGCGGAUGGAAGCGACUUCCCCUGCAAGCUCCGUGACAACGCCUUCGAGGUCACCAAGGAGAAUGUCAUCGCUCAGGGUGCAAGCCAGGAGCUGACCUUCACAGGCAGUGCCGUCCACGGCGGUGGCUCGUGCCAAAUCAGUCUUACCACCGACCGCCAGCCUACCAAGGACUCUGAUUGGAAAGUCAUCCAGUCCUUCGAGGGUGGCUGCCCAGCCAAGGCGGAUGCAAAUCUUCCCGGGAAUGACGACAGCGUCUUCCAUUUCAAAAUGCCUGAGGAUAUUGAGGCUGGCAAGUACACCCUCGCCUGGACUUGGUUCAACCGUAUCGGCAACCGCGAGAUGUACAUGAACUGCGCACCUGUUACUGUUACCGGUGGAUCCAAGAAGCGUACCCCCGACGAGAUCAAGAUCAUCGAGAAGCGCUCCUCCAGCUACCCACCCAUGUUUGUCGCCAAUGUCAACGACUGCACCACUACGGAGGGUAUUGAUAUUCGCUUCCCCAAUCCUGGUUCCCAGGUCCAAUACCUUGGAUAUGCAAAGGAUCUCGCCCCACAGGGCCAAGCUGCUUGCUCUGGUACUCCCAAGUUUGGCGCUGCUGGCAACACCCCCUCUGAUUCAUCUUCUGGCUCUGGCUCUAGCUCGGGAUCGGGCUCUGGAUCAGGCUCGGAAUCCAGCUCCUCCGCUGAACCCAGCAGUGCUCCCACAACAACUGCUGCAGCGGAUCCUGCCCCUGUCACUACUCAAGCCCCAGCACAAACCACCGCCCCCGCAGCUCCUCAGCCUGUUCCUUCAAGCACUCAGGCUGCCCCGGCUCCUUCUGCAUCAUCCAGCGGUUCCUCCAGUGGCUCCUCCAGUGCCGGUACUCUUACCGGUGCUUGCAGUCCCGAGGGUCAGUGGAACUGCGUUGCAGGUAGUUCUUUCCAACGGUGUGCCAAUGGACAGUGGUCUGUCUCGCAACAGCUGGCAAGUGGCACCAAGUGCGAUGCUGGUCAGGGUUCCAACCUUUCCGUGUCUGCCUCCAAGAGAGCGCAUGAGAUCUCUGCCCUGCGCUUCCGCAAGCGUACCAUCGGUGAAUCUCACCACGCCUAG